ACUUGUAGUUUUAAAGCGGUGCGGGCCUGCGAGCUGCGCUGUUAGCUUCACUGCGAACACACUUUUCAUUUGUGGGAAUAAACUCCGGCGAUUGUCGAGCGGUUCCACGCGGAGAGACGAGCGCGGCUCCCGGACUAUGCGCUUGUCGCAGCGGGCUGAGACUCGGCGGGACGCGCGGGGAGGCGGACGUGUUUUUUUGAAUGACGUUGUUGUAGUCGCCUCGAACUCCACGCAAGGAGAAAAGAAAGCUAACGGUGCUAGGUCGCUAGCGGGGCUAGCGGCGGCGGCUUCAACUCGCGUGUUGUCCACUUCCUCGUUGCUCAGUGUGAUGGAAGGCGACCAGAAGUUUGAGAGCAGGAGUUUGUUCCUCCCCCGCUAACUCCGCGCCGUGGACGGAUUCGCCCGCGUUCAUGCACCGCGACACUUCCAGGGCAAGCGGAUUCUAAGUGUGCCGCAGCUCUGCGCUUUCACCGCGGAUUGGAAUGUGUAGCUGGACACAAGCUAGUGGAGGCUAGCUGGCUAAACCGACUAGCAUUAGCUAGCGUAUCUGGGAGAUGUCCGUCCUGGAGCACAAUGGCUGAGUGUCGACUGGCUCCAUAAGUAAGCUUCGUGUCGUGGACUGCGUGUGACGGGACCCGUCGGCACCGAGUGUCGUUAACUACCGUCUGGAGUUACUCACUUUAUUUGGACCCUAGCCCCUGCUAGCUUCGUAAUGCUAAUGAUAAGCCUGUGACUAAGCUAGCUGGCUGGCUGUCUUAAUUGUGAAAUAGCUGUAGCUUCAGCUAACUAGCCUGUUACGGAGCUAGCCCAAUGUUUUGUUCCGCGACACAACGAGAGACAUAGUUUAGGGGAAAGUACUUAAUUUAAAGAUUAUUCUCCGCGUGACGUUUAUUAUUUUUGGAGACUAAUGCCUAACUCGGACGUGCUUCGGGAGGGUCGGGGACGGAGCCCCUCCGCGCAGAGAAAUGCUAACAGGCAGGACAGGCGGAGCAAACCGGGGAGCGGUGCGGCUCCGCGAGACAAGCACCGUGAGAAGAGGCGCUCGUCGGCUUCCAGGAGAAAGAAACGCAGGCAGGCCAAGGGCAGAGACUCGUCCAGCACCGGUACAACCGAGGGCAACGACCGGAAAGGCACGUUCGACAAAGAGGUUGAACUACGGACACUGGUGGAGUACGAUGACGUGAGCUCCCAGUCCGAGCGGUUCUCCGGGAGCCCCUCUCCCAAACUUGACCCCCGCGCAGACCGGCUCUCCGUGGACCGACUCAGCGACUUCGGCGAGAGCAACGGACCGGCUUCCCCGAACAGGAGAAAGGCGAGGAACCGGGAGGCGGUGACCCUCAGCAAGGACGAACCGACGAGAGGAGCAUCCGAGAGGAGCAAGCAGGAGAAGGAGUCAGGGAAGAAAAAAGACCGCCCGAGCCGGGAGAGAGACUCCUCCAAGGCUCGGAGUGGAGCUGGCCUCAGCGGCACCAAGAACCUCAGAGACACGACGAGGAGCAGUGACAGAAACGGUAAAAGGACAUCUGCACCUCAGCCCUCACAGUCUGCAGAGAAAAAGGAUUCAAAGAGGCAAAGAAGUAAAACAAGAUCCGAUAAAGAGCCGCCGUCUGCGUACAGAGAAGCUCCACAAUCUUACAGAGAUGACCGUGAAGACCUCAGGCCGUACAGGAGAAGUCCUGGUUUUAAAACUGAAAGUUCCUAUGGGACGUCAAACCCGUAUAGCUACCAGUCUCCUGGUGGUUACAACCAGCCGACGUCUAGAAGAAGUCCAACUUAUGGGAGCAAGAGAGUCUCUCCCAGUUCAACAUAUUACAACCGGGACUCAGAUGCGUAUGGGGCUUAUGGGAUACAGAAGUCACCCAGUUCAUACUCCAGCAACAAAAAGAAGCGAUCCCCCGCGAGCCCAGCGAACUGGCGAAGGUCACCAAGUUAUGGCCGACACAGUCCAUAUGAACAAGGAGAGUUUGGUUCAAGUCCGUAUGGAAACCGCAGGAGAUCAAGAAGUCCGUACAGGAAGUCCAGGAGCCCAAGUCCAGAUGUCAGGCGAUCUGCACGGUCACGUAGCAGAAGUCCAUAUUCAUCCACAAGGCAUUCACGUUCCCGCAGCCGCCACCGCCACUCCCGCUCCCGCAGUCGCCCCUCCAGCCUGUCGCCAAGCACGAUCACCUUCAAAACCAGUCUCGCUGCUGAACUCAGUAAGCAGAAAAAGGUGAAGGCUGCUGAAGCUGCCGCCAAAGCCAAGAACUCCAGCAACACAUCUACUCCAACCAAGGUUCCCUCAUCUGCUCACCAACCGAGUCCGAAGUUGAAUCACGCUUCCAGGAAGGGCCGCCCUCCCUCUCCACCUCAACCAGAGAAGGGCCCCAGGACGCCAACGACCAACCAGCCGCAGUCUCCCGCUGACAGGUCAGCCAGGAAGACCAGCGACCUCAGCAGGGACAGAGAAGGAAAGGGGAAGGAUGACUCUGUACAUCGGGACAAGAGGAAAGCACCAGCACCUGGACAGAGCAAAGACAAGGAACGAGCCCCGGGUCCACUCAUCUCUACUCUGUCGUCACUACCGCUGCCCCCAACAGUUCUUGAGCAUAUUGUCAAAGGAGAGGGCUUGAAGGACAGCUUGCUCUCAGGGAAGAAAAAGUCGGAGAGAAAGGCUCGCCCACUUCUGACCGACUUGCCUCUCCCCCCUGAACUUCCCGGUGGCACGUCCUCCCCUCACAGCCCAUUCGAUGACAAAAAGUCUCUAACACUUCGCCGAAGACCUAAAAUUUGCGGCCCAAGAUACGGUGAGAUUAAGGAGACAGAGAUAGAUUGGGGCAAACGCUGCGUGGACAAGUUUGAGAUCAUCGGAAUCACAGGGGAAGGCACCUAUGGACAGGUGUACAAAGCUAAAGACAAAGACACUGCUGAGAUGGUGGCUUUGAAGAAAGUUCGACUGGACAAUGAGAAAGAGGGCUUCCCAAUCACGGCCAUCAGAGAGAUUAAAAUUCUGCGACAACUCAACCACAAGAGCAUCAUAAACAUGAAGGAGAUCGUCACAGACAAGGAGGACGCUCUAGAUUUCAAAAAUGAUAAAGGGGCUUUCUAUCUUGUUUUCGAAUACAUGGACCACGACCUGAUGGGUUUGCUUGAGUCGGGCCUGGUUCAUUUCAACGAGAGCCACAUCAAGUCUUUCAUGAGGCAGUUGCUGGAGGGUCUCGAUUACUGCCACAAGAAGAACUUCCUGCACAGAGACAUCAAGUGCUCCAAUAUUCUGCUCAACAACAAAGGUCAAAUAAAGCUCGCAGACUUUGGUCUCGCUCGGCUGUAUAACUCUGAAGAAAGUCGACCUUACACGAACAAAGUGAUCACACUAUGGUACCGACCCCCAGAGCUGCUCCUGGGAGAAGAGAGGUACACGCCUGCCAUUGAUGUUUGGAGCUGCGGAUGCAUUCUGGGAGAACUGUUCACAAAGAAGCCCAUUUUCCAAGCGAACCAGGAGCUCGCCCAGUUGGAGCUUAUCAGUCGGAUAUGUGGCAGCCCCUGCCCUGCAGUGUGGCCCGAUGUAAUAAAGCUUCCCUUCUUCAACACCAUGAAACCAAAGAAACAGUACAGGCGGCGGCUACGAGAGGAGUUUGCUUUCAUCCCGAUGUCUGCCCUGGAUCUGUUCGACCACAUGUUAAACCUGGACCCCAGCAGACGCUGCACGGCCGAACAAGCUUUGGGCAGCGAAUUCCUCAAGGACGUCGACCCAGAUAAGAUGCCCCCGCCAGACCUUCCACUGUGGCAGGACUGUCAUGAGCUGUGGAGUAAGAAACGUCGGCGACAGAAGCAGAUGCCGGAGGAACUGGCGGCCCCUAAGGCGCCACGCAAAGAGCUUGGCCUUGACGACAGCCGCAGCAACACCCCCCAGGGCUUCCCUCCUCCCGGCGGCGUCAAACCUCCCAUUGCAGCUGCUUCUGCUCUGCUUGAUCCAAAGGGUCCAACCUCCCAGUUGACGCAGGAGCAACUGGCGGUCCUCCUGAACUUCCUCGGCCAUCCCAAGAGCACGAACACGGCCCAGUUUGUCCAGUCCAUGAGCACAAAGGUCAACCAGGAGACGUUACAUCAGCUCUCCAAAGCCCUGGGCCCCACCGACCCCGCGGAGCCUCCUGCUCAAUCUACACCUGUUAAGCCUCCCCAGCCCGCUGCUCCUGCAGGAGUGCCCCGCACACCCCCGAUGCCCAAGCCCCCUUCACCCCCCAUGACCGCACCGUCUGGCAUUCCAGAAGGAGAAGCUUCGGCCGCCACCCAGACGGCCAUGACGAUGCUGCUGACUCAACUCCUCAAAGUCCAGCAGGCUCAAAGGCAGGAGGCAGGGGACGCCGGAGAAGGAGCAGAGAUCACAAACUCUGCAGGAGCUGCACAGGGAGGAGUUCCGCUACCUCCAGAGGUCAAACAACCUCCAGAGCCCAGCCCGGUCUCUCCAGUGUCUGAGGUUGGUGGGAUGUCCAUCCUGCCCCCGGACCAGAGACCACCUGAGCCUCCAGAACCACCUCCACAUGCUGACCUGGACUACCGGCAGCCGCCACCUGAGCCCAAGAUCGGCCACGCUCCCCCCAUCGCAGGUGGAGGUGAUGGUGGGAGACCUCCAGAGCAGGACUACCCCCCUCUCCCUCCCGCAGAAGGACCUGGAUAUGGGGGCGAGUACAGCCACCCACCACCUCCAUCCUUCACGCCUGCAGGGUUUGGGGACAGCUUUAUGGGUCACAUGAUGGGCGGGGGCAUGCCCCCUCACGCUCUGAGAGAUGUGUUCAGUGGACCUGGCCAGGCCGGGGGCUCGUCUGCUGUGGGGGUUCUAGCCCCGGCCCACCCAGACCCCUUCCCCCCAGGUGGCAGAGCCAGCAGCAUGGUCUUCACCGGGGACAAGGACCACCGCUUCGAGUACAAUCACAGCCCCUUGUCUGUGGAGGGUCAACCCAACCCCGGAGCCAUCCACAUGUACAACCACGCCAUGGCUAGAAAGGACGGCGUACCUCCUCCACCCAUCCCAGUGCCGGGACAAGCCUGGGGCUCCCCUUCUCAGCUCGGGGCUCCACCACUACCCCAUGGCUACGUCCCACAUGUGAACUCAACAGCAACUAUCAGAGGACGAGGACUGCCGUACUGAACGACUGGAAAUGUGAAAUGGCAGAUUAGUGACAGUGGACAAAAUGCUCUAUGACUAUGUCUCAGGCCAGACCUGGACAUGCACACUCAGUUUGUAAUAACUUAAAGUCUGUGUUAGGCAUUGUAUUCCUCCCCAGUGUGGAGUACGUUGCAGGAGGACAGCUGAACGACACCCGAGGAGCUUUUCUUGCUCAUACCAUUUUCAUAUUGUUUUGUAAUCUAUUCUGCUGUCUUUUAAAUUAAACUUUUACCUAUUUUGAGUGUACAUUUAAGAUCAGGCGGGUGAAUUUUAAAUCUCUACCAUGGCCUGUCUGUAAUUACUCCAGGGCAGACUAGUAUUAAUGUUUUGCACUACUGACUGAAGUAGGCGGAAACUAUUUUAGCUAUGAAAUGGAUCAUCUGCUCUCCCUGAACAAUUAGGAAUAUGACCAGUAACGUAGUGUCCUCUCUUAAUGACCAUUAUUACGUUGACGCGGUGGUGGCUCAGCUGAUGGGGUGGGGGGGGGAGCAGUUUGAGGGGCAGGACUGUUAGAUCCAGAGAGACUGGAAGCACUUGGGACUACUGCAGCGAAUCAGACCUAACGGAGAAAGGCUGUUUUCACUUUAAAUUCCACUUGCCUUUUUGCCAGUAGUUGUAAAAUCAUGAGCAGAACACACAAACGUAACCAGAGUUCAACAAGGAAACUGUCUUCUUUUUUUUUUUUGUACUAAAACGAUUCUCCCCCCCUCCCCCUCCCCCUCCUUCCUUCUUUGGCAAAUGUUUAUUAAAGAAAUGCCGGAUGUA